AUGGGCCCCUCGCCGGAACAGACGAUCAAGAAGGUCCUCCUCAUUGGCGAAAUCGACCACGCUCACGACGCAUGGAAGUCGCUCGAGGAGGACGGCGUCGUGGAAACAGUCCACGUCAAGGCGACCAACAGGGCCGACUUCCUCCAGGAGGCCGGCACAGGCGCGUUCGAGGGCAUCUACGCUGUCUACCGAAACCUGCCCUCGGUCUCAAUCACUGGCCGGAUCGACGCUGAGCUUCUCGAAGCUCUCCCGCGAUCUCUCAAGUUUAUUUGCCAUGUUGGAGCUGGGUACGACCAGAUCGACGUACACGCCUGCAGCGCGCGCUCCAUCCGCGUGUCCAACGUGCCAACGGCGCCCGAUGACGCCACGGCCGACGUAAACAUGUUCCUGAUUAUCGGUGCGCUGCGCGGCUUCAACUGCGGGAUGGCCGGGCUCCGGCGCGGCGAGUGGAAGGGCGGCGCCCCACUCGGCCACGAUCCCCAGGGCAAGAUCCUCGGCAUCUUGGGCAUGGGCGGCAUCGGGCGCACGCUGAAGCGCAGGACGGAUGCGUUCGGGAUGAAGGUGAUUUAUCAUAAUCGCACGAGGCUGCCGGAGAGCCUGGAGGCCGGGGCGGCGUAUGUGGGCUUUGACGAGCUGCUGGCGAGGGCGGAUGUCAUCAGCUUGAAUUUGCCGUUGAAUAAACAUACCCACCACAUCAUCUCCACGGCCGAGUUUGCAAAGAUGAAAGAUGGUGUCGUGAUAGUCAACACUGCCCGGGGCGCCGUCAUUGACGAGGACGCGCUCGUCAAGGCCCUCGACUCGGGCAAAGUCCGCAGCGUCGGGCUCGAUGUCUUUGAGAACGAGCCAGAGGUUCAUCCGGGUCUCAUGGCGAAUGAUCACGUCAUGCUCGUCCCGCACAUGGGAACGCAUACAUACGAGACUCAGACAGCUAUGGAAUGCUGGUGUAUCGACAAUCUGCGGAUGGCUUGCACUAUAGGCGAGCUCAAGUCGCUUGUACCUGAGCAGGCAGGGCUUUCUUUUACCUGA